UGGUUUAGUCUCUUCACCAGAAGGUGACCCUGACCCAUCCCUCCCUCCACUUAAGACUCUCAUGGCCCUAGCUAGGGGUACGACCAGAGUGCUCCACCAUGCCUUGUGUCUCCUACUUUGCACAGUGGCAAGGUCGGAUUCUCUCCUGUGACAGAGGCCAGGGUGGUCCAGCAGCCAAGGUCCCAAGCUUGACCUUGAAGCAGCCUUGACAGCAUCCCUGGCAUUUGGCUUCUCCUGUAUCACGAGCCCCUCCCCCCCACACACACACAUUCCAUUAGGCACUAGUCCAGCAUGUUCUUGAAGUCAGGAAUUCAUGGGAAGCCACAGAGAGCUUGGGUUAGCACUAGUGUUUCCCUGGCUGCUGCCCAUAUCCCAAGCAUGACCUUGGGAGCAGGCACAGCCUCUGCUCUUCACGGCUGGUGACUCAAGUUACCUCUGCCACCAGCUAUGGAGCCACUUCAAGAGGACUCAUCAAAGGAGGAUGAUGAUGCAUGAUGCAGCCGGGAUCCUGCUCUGACCCUGUGCCUUUUCCCGUGCAGGCAGGACAGCCCACACUCUCCAUCCAGCCUUUGAAGUAACUUAGGGCUUCAGUGACCUAGACAACCAGACUCUCACCCUUGAGCAUCCUGGGCUGCUGUGUCUUCCCACAGAAGCAGUCCUGUGGGGACCUCAGGACAGAACCCAGCCUCCCAGCUGCAGCAGUGGCUCUUGGCUUUGUGGUUUUACAAGGAGGUGUCGCCAUAGCCUCCAGCAACCCUCAGCCCCACCAUCCUCCCUCGGGCCCCUGCCCCCAGCAAGCCCUCAGCCCAUUUGUCUGUUUUAAGCUUUUCCACUGAAGGAGGGAACAGCUCACGGUUGCUAAUGAAAGUGAUCCCAAUCCCCACGUAUUUAUCUUAGAUUAUGGUCGUUAGGAGCUGAAACAGCUCCAGCAGCAGUCUGCGGUUGAUGUGAAAACAGGCGAGUCUCAACAAUGAGCUUAAGGAAAGGUGUCAGGUAUAAAUCUCGCCUUCAAACACCAGGGUGCAUUCCAAACUUCAGAGACACUUCUUUGAAUAAAGACCCACCCCCCACUUUUUUUUCUCAAUCCCGCCUUUCUUGUCCUUGGGCCUGGAGCAGGAUGAAAGUGCAGGGGUGUGUGCGUUCAUUUAGUCUGAUAAUGAGGGCUAGGCUCGCGGGCAUGGUAAUUUGGCAGCUUCGGCACUUCCUGUAACUGUUUUAAUUUUUUUUUUUUAUCCAAAGGCUGCUUAAAGACAAACUUUUUUUUUUUGUUAAACUGCUGGUACUUCAUUUUCUGCAGGAACCGUGCAAUUAAUCUUGUUUAUAUUAAAGAGGCAGGUUGCCUUUGUCAGCCUUCCUGAGCUAUAAUUAAUGAAGAUCAAAAAAAACGUUACAAAGACAUAAUAUUUAGCUUGAUGCAGAUGAGGCUGGGCAACAGCUGCGUCAAUUAGAGGAGUCGAGGGGAAAACAAAUACCCUUCAGAACAACUCGGAUACACUGAAAGGCAAGGAUCUUCGGGAUCAGCCCCUCACCCCCCACCCCCUCCGCCAGCCUUCUGUAGUAGGCUGGGUGACAGAGUUUGGACAUCAAAUGGUUUAUAAUGCUCCAGCAAUUACACCUCAACUGCAGUUGGAAGUACCCGAGGAUUCGGCAGCUUAACCUAAGUUUAUCCAGGUGUGUGGAUGUAGAUGAGAGGCUGAGAGCCUAAGUUUUAGAGAAGGAAGCCUGAAAAGAAUGGGCGGGACAGAGGACACAAGCCAGCGCAGUCUACCUCGAGCAAUCUAGCCUGCUGGGGCACCAAGCAAGCCAGGCCGUCGAGCCCUCUGAAGACAGUCAUUAGAAAUGAAAACAGUGAAUCAGAUGAACUCAGUGGAUACCUGCCUCACUCCGGUGUACUUCCAAGAGAUCAUGGCCCACGUCGGGGACUGCAAAUGGAUGUCCUGGCUCCCAGUGCUGGUGGUGUCUCUGAUGUGCUCAGCCAAGGCGGAGGACUCCAACUGUGGUGAGAACGAAUACCACAACCAGACUACCGGGCUGUGCCAGCAGUGUCCUCCAUGCAGACCAGGGGAGGAGCCCUACAUGUCCUGUGGAUACGGCACUAAAGACGACGACUAUGGCUGUGUGCCCUGCCCUGCAGAGAAGUUCUCCAAAGGAGGUUAUCAGAUAUGCAGGCGCCACAAAGACUGUGAGGGCUUCUUCCGGGCCACUGUGCUGACACCAGGAGACAUGGAAAACGACGCUGAGUGUGGCCCAUGUCUCCCUGGCUACUACAUGCUGGAAAACAGACCCAGGAACAUCUAUGGCAUGGUCUGCUACUCCUGUCUCUUGGCACCUCCCAACACCAAGGAAUGUGUGGGAGCCACUUCUGGGGUUUCAGCACACUCAUCCAGCACUUCCGGUGGCAGCACCUUGUCUCCCUUCCAGCAUGCUCACAAAGCAGAGCUCUCAGGCCAAGGACACCUGGCCACCGCCCUGAUUAUUGCCAUGUCUACGAUCUUCAUCAUGGCCAUUGCCAUCGUCCUCAUCAUCAUGUUCUACAUCAUGAAGACUAAGCCGUCAGCUCCAGCAGCCUGCUGUAGCAGUCCCCCAGGAAAGAGCGCAGAAGCCCCAGCUAACACACACGAGGAGAAAAAAGAGGCCCCAGACAGUGUGGUGACGUUCCCUGAGAAUGGUGAGUUCCAGAAGCUGACAGCAACACCCACAAAGACCCCCAAAAGUGAGAAUGAUGCCUCCUCUGAGAACGAGCAGUUGCUAAGUCGCAGUGUGGACAGUGAUGAAGAGCCAGCCCCGGACAAGCAGGGGUCCCCAGAGCUAUGUCUGCUGUCGCUAGUUCACCUGGCCAGGGAGAAGUCUGUGACCAGUAACAAGUCUGCUGGGAUCCAGAGCCGGAGGAAAAAGAUACUGGAUGUGUAUGCCAACGUGUGUGGUGUUGUUGAAGGUCUCAGCCCCACCGAGUUGCCGUUUGACUGCCUUGAGAAGACAAGCCGAAUGCUCAGCUCUACAUACAACUCUGAGAAGGCGGUCGUGAAAACAUGGCGCCACCUUGCCGAGAGCUUUGGACUGAAGAGGGAUGAGAUUGGGGGCAUGACUGAUGGCAUGCAGCUCUUUGACCGCAUCAGCACCGCGGGCUACAGCAUCCCAGAGCUGCUCACAAAGUUGGUGCAGAUCGAGCGGCUGGAUGCUGUGGAGUCCUUGUGUGCAGACAUAUUGGAGUGGGCUGGGGUUGUACCACCUGCCUCCCCACCCCCAGCUGCGUCCUGAAGAGUUGUCUUGGACUGUCUUCCCUGGGACCAGCUGGGGAUCCAAUGAAGUCACGACCGACAGCUGUGAGUGAUGCUAUCAGACUGCCAAAACUCAAGGCAUUUCCUGGUGGGUCACUGUAUUCCUUAGGCUGCCCUAAGUAGUUCAUUGAGCACUCAAAUGAACCAAACCAUGUGGGAAGGACACAGGUGAAGAAUCUGAUCCUGUCUUUUAAGGAGGCACUUAGUGAGAGAUGGGAGCAUGGUAUAGACCGUGUUACCAAAACAUCACCUAGGCAAAUGAAGGGAUGCUUUUUUAAAAAGUAGCAAAAGUUAUAAGGGUGAUAGAGUCUCAAGGGGUUGAAAGUGGGAACAUCCUAAUGAAGAAAAUAACUUCAAGGUUUUAGUAAAACGGUUACAAAGUACAGGCAUCCCACAUCCUUCAUGGCCUCAGACAGAGCAUGGUUUGCUGGCAUGCCCUAUGGUUUCAGAGGUAACUCGACCUGUGUUUGCAGUCACACACCAUGGUAUAAGCCUUGCAGUCACUAGUGGAAGAACUCACCAUGUGUCACUGACAUACAAGGCGUGUGUCUGUCCAGUCACAAGUGUGGGCAGAUCUGGCCUCCAGCACCACUCGCAGCCACAGCAGUUACAAUGUCAGGCUUGUCUUGCUUCAAAGGGACGUGCGUCCUAUCUAGAGAAGGAAAUGGUGACUUGCUCAGAGUUUGACCAUGCCUGAUUCCUGGGUGAGGCUCGAGUGAGUUCAGGCACAACAUCCUGAGCCAGUGAGGGGUGGUGCAGCCCGAGACGCAGUACAGAGCUGGGGUCUGAGGUCCUGGGCACUGGGAGAGUCAUUCAAAGUGUCUGUCUCCUCCAGACUUAGCUUCUCUUAGCUGAGAGAGGUUGGUCUUCACAUCUGUAGUCAGGAAUGUUGAGGCUCCAGUGAGCGAAAGGGUGAGUGAAAGAACACGGAGGCAGAAGAGAAGAGGCCAGAGGAGCCUCCAUGGGGUAAAUACAGUGUGGGUGGCCACAAAAAAUGAGAGUCAAGGGAAACGCAGCCGCCAUUCUCAUAUAAGGGCAACUGUAGGACUGAGCGUUUACAGGGCUUAUAAACAGCCAUUGCUCUUGGCAUAUUCUCUUACUGCACCUGUAACUGCCAGGAAAUGGGAGCCAAGGAAACUUCCCCGGCAGGGGGUUAAUGCCAAGCUGGCUGCUGGGCUCCCUCCCAGAGCGCUGACUGCAGAGAAUGCUUCCUUUCAGUAAAGCCUCUGGUUUAGAAGGCGGUUGGGUUUUUUUGUUUUACAAGGCCUAUGACUGAACAAAGGCUUUGGAGAGCAAUCAGUGGUGUGUUUAAAACCAUCAAGCCAUUUCCCACCACUGAAUAUAGACCAUACUGUGAGAGGACCAUAAUUAGGUCCUGAAUUUUUAAUAUGAUCAUUUUCCUGUGUCUGUCUGUGCAGUGUUUUUUUUUUUUUUUUUAAAGAAGGCAUUUACUCCAUUUUGCAAGUUAAAUGUCUGCUUAAUUGUCCUUUUAAUUCCUGAGACCCUGCAGUGUCCCUUACCCCUGGUCUUCCAUAAUGACGCUGCGAUUCCCCUUAAUUAGACUUGUAAAUGUCAUGCGUGAUGAGUGAGCAGGUCGAGGACAGCAGGCUCUUCUCCAACUGUCAUUGUGCUGAAGAAUGGGCAGCUGCAGCCAGCGGUGUGGGCUGCCCUCCAUUCACACUACUAGGUUUCAAGGCCUGAGGCAGCCAGCAUCCUUGUUGUUUCCUUGACUCCCUGCUUGCUGCUUUAGGGGAGCCAGUCCCUUGUCAUUUACUUUACAUGGCAAUAAAUCCUGGAAGGGUUGGUUGGCUUCAGUGUGCUUUGCCAACCAACAAGACCACAGUGACUCUUGCUGACCAAUGCUGGAACUCCACGCUGCCAUGUUUGUCUGGAGACUGUUAUUAUUUUUUCAGUACUUAAAGGUAUUUAGUAAACACCCAAGCUAGGUCUGAGGGCCUGAGCCAGUGAAGUCUUAAUUGUGAAUAUUUUAUAUAAUUCUGUUUAUGUAACUUAUUAUAUUUUUAUAAGCUCAAUAAACAUAUUGAUAAAAAGGAGACCUACA